CAAAUUUUUAGACUUGUCAAAAAUUACUCAAAUCGUUUGUAGAAUAAUAUUGGUCUAAGUUUUGUUUGCUCCAACAAAUUUGUUAUUAUGGAUAAUUCAAAAACCGCUCAACAAGCAUUCUGGAUUGAAUUCAUAAAUUUGUACAAAUCGAAACCAGUGCUUUGGAAGUAUGGAAGUGAAGUGUACAAAGAUCGAAUAGGAAAGAAGCAUGCUUAUUUGGAUUUGGUGGAGAAAAUGCGUGAAAUUGAACCAAACCCUGAUGUUGAUAUGGUGAAGAAGAAAAUCAACAGUUUUCGCGCGUGCUAUAGACGCUUAUGUUUUAAUGCACAGGAACAAAUUAAACUUGGUGAACAGCCGGAGAAUAGAUGGGUGUAUUUCAAACAUUUCAAAUUUUUAAACGAAAUCUACGAUACUGAAGAGCAGGAUUCAGAUCAAAACAAUGACGAGGAGAACGAAGAUGAAGUUGUGGAAUAUAUUCCGCAUAAAAGCAGCACAAGUCGCAGAUUUCAGACGGAUUCUACCAGCUCUUCAAGAUCGCUAAAUAUUUCACUGGAUGAAACGCUUAAUCAAUCAAAGCAUAUAAAUGAAACAAGUUUUUAUAUGACCCUGAAUACUAAGGAAAACCAGAACUUUUGGAUAGAAUUUAUUAAACUAUAUAAAUCAAAACCCGAACUAUGGAAAGUUAAUAGUGAAGUGUAUAAAGAUCGUAAGGCAAAGAAGUAUGCCUACUUAGAACUAGUUGAAAAGUUGCGCGAAGUUCAUCCUAAUCCUACAGCUGAUAUGGUGAGAAAAAAAAUUAAUAUUCUACGGACGUCUUAUAGAAAGGAAUUGCAUAAAAUAAAACGUGCCAUAAGAUUGGGCAAAAAGCAUGUUAAUAAUUGGUUAUAUUUUGACCAUUUUGCCUUUCUAAAUGAGUCUAAAGAUCCCCUAGAGGAAGUUGAUACUGAUGAAGAUAAUGAUGAUUAUGGCCCGCUUGAUAAUACCGCUGAUCAUAUGGAAAACACUGAUUUCGAUGCUAUCGAUGAAGAACUAAACGAAGUUGUGGCAUUCAGUCCAUCGAAGAACUCCACAAAGAGAGAAAAUAAUUCGCAACCAUCCAGCCCAGCAAUACCGAUGCAUGAAAAACUACCUGUGUCACAUGAAAUAAAUCAACUCAGUGCAGAGGCUGACGUAGUAAGUUUAAACCUAACGAAAAAACAAAAAUUCUGGAUAGAAUUCAUUAAGCUAUACAGAUCAAAGCCAGAACUAUGGAAAUGUCAUAGCGAGUUUUAUAAAGAUGCUAGAGCCAAGCGGUCUGCUUAUUUAAUGUUGGUGAAUAAAAUGCGUGAGAUUUAUCCAAAUGCUGAUAUUGGUAUGGUUAAAAGAAAACUCGACACACUCUGCUCUAUCCAUAAAAAAUUAAUGAGUAAAAUGCGGAAAGGACAACGUUUAGUUGGCAAAGCGGCUGAUCAACUGAUCUACUUUAAUUAUCUCUCGUUUCUAAACGAACAAAAUGAUCCACUAGACGAUAAAGCGGACGACUGGAAUGAUUGCGAGUUUAACAAAUAUAGUUCAAUCCAAGAUAAUACGUCUGAUAACAAUUUACAAGACGAUGAUUUUGUUGCAGAAGAGCAUGAUCUAGUUGUGCAGUUUCUGACAACUAAAGAAAGUACAAAACGCCAAUAUUCGCCUUCACCUCCACCGAACCACAAAGCAAGUGCACAUAAUGAAGAUGCAGACAUGUCAUUUAAGAAAUUUAAACAGUAUAACGAUGAAGCUGAUAUUUUAGGCAUAAGUUGGGCAUAUCAAUACCGUAGUUUGAGUCAAACGCAAAAAAUUUUUGCCAAAAAAGCAAUUGAUGAUAUCUUGUUUGAAGCGCGCCUAGAGACAUUACAACGUAAUUCGGUUAAGAUCAAUGAGCGCGGUUGUGACCGCUGUAAACACACGUAAUAAAUGAAACAAAUAAUAUGUAGUCACCCUGUUUUUGUUGUGACAUUGAACAAAAUAUGAAUCUUAAACGUAAGAAAAGUACGUUAAGCCAGGAGCAGUUCAGUUAAAAAAUUGCGAUAUUUGCAAAAUGAAAUAAUGGAAGUACGUUUGAAUUUAUUUCUUUUAUAUAAAGUAUUUUUGCAACUAAAGUUUUUUAUUUUUAUUUUUCAAUGAAUAACAAAAGUAAGACAGCCACAAAUUUCACUUAAUUUGCCGCAUUUUUCAUAUGUGCUGUACAAUAAUUUUAAGCUAGUAUAAAAGUGUGAACAUUUCAACUUAUUGCAUUUAUCAAUUUGUGUUUUCUUUGUUUGCACUGGUAACGGUGAUUUGAAGCUGUUAAAUAUGAUAUAUGUGUAUAUACAUUUUUUUACUUAUUUUGAAAAGCGGUUUCGACUCAUAAUAUUUAGUUUGUAAUUAAUUGUUGUAAAGUUAAGCAUUAAAAUAAUAUUAAUUCGAAUAAAGGCACAA